UCAGCUUUCAGUGAUCACAUGAUCCGGAAAAUGUGGGGCUUAAUUCCUGUGUUGGACUGUUCUCAGCUACUGCGUUUCUGUCCUUCGCAGUGCAAAACCUCUCUCGUCUCAUUUACGACCCCCGACCCCCGGGCGGACCCUCGUCACUGCACCAUGUCAGACCAAGCUUUCGUAACGCUGGCCACCAAUGACAGCUACGCCAAAGGAGCGAUGGUCCUCGGACAGUCGCUACGAAACCACAAUACGUCCAAGAAGCUGGUUGUGCUCGUGGGACCUCAUGUUGCAGAACCAUGCAGGGAAGUACUUGGUUCCAUCUUUGACGAGGUGUGUCUGGUAAACAUCAUGGACUCGGACGACGAGGCUCAUCUGGCUCUGAUGAAGCGUCCGGACCUGGGAGUGACGUUCACCAAGCUGCACUGCUGGACGCUCACACAGUACAGCAAGUGUGUGUUCAUGGACGCAGACACAGUGGUGCUGUCGAAUAUAGAUGAACUCUUUGAGAGGGAGGAGCUCUCUGCAGCACCAGACCCCGGUUGGCCAGACUGUUUCAACUCGGGGGUUUUCGUCUUCACGCCGUCAAAUGAGACUCACGAGAAGCUGCUGGCGUUCUGUGAGGAAAACGGCAGUUUUGAUGGUGGAGAUCAGGGGGUUCUAAACAGCUUCUUUAACACCUGGGCAACGGCAGAUAUUACUAAACACCUUCCUUUCAUCUACAACCUCAGCAGUAUCGCCAUCUACUCCUACCUGCCAGCUUUCAAACAGUACGGCCGCAAUGCGAAGGUGGUGCACUUCCUGGGCAAAUUGAAGCCGUGGAACUACUCCUAUGACGCUGAGAAGGGCGAGGUCAAAGGUCACGCCCUGUCGCCCGACUCGAGUCACCUACACCCGGACUACCUUGUCAUGUGGUGGCAGGUGUACACCGAGUCUGUGGUGCCGCUGCUGCAGAAGGCUCACGGGGAAACACCCUUCAGUGGCGACUUUGAAGAGGAGAGCCACAAGGGUAACCUUCAGGAGGAGGUGAGAGAAGAGUCACAGCCCGCUGCUCCUCCUCCUCCACCCCCUCCUCCGCGCCAGCUUUCGUCCGAGGAGAGGAAGCAGCGAUGGGAAGACGGCCAGAUCGACUACAUGGGCGAUGACGCCUUCGCCCACAUCGAGAAAAAGCUCAACACCUUUUUAAAGUAGCAGACGGGCGAGGGGGCGCGACGGUCGGAGAGAGAGGCUCUGUGUGGGUCGGGGGGGCUUCACCACACCGCGGCUCAGCCAGUCACUGGUGCUUGUUUUGCAGGUGACUGAGUGAAGUUUCAGCCUGCAUCCUGUCAGUGUGUAUGAAUGACUGAGAGUAAAAUUUAAAACACAGUUCUCACGCUCUCACCAUUCACUGUAUUUCUCUUUAAAAAGGAAAAAAGUCUGACAUGUUAGGAAAAUUUGCUAAUUUGAGUCAAAUUUAGAGAACAUAUAUAUAUAUAUAUAUAUAUAUAAAUAGAUAUUUAAAUAAAGAAGCCACUCAUGGGUCGGUAUGAUAAAUAUGAAGCUUGUGUAGGAUUAAGACGGGAAACACGGGCAGGCGACUUGUCCCAUUAGUGACCUCAGCACUGUGGUUGGAAAUCAAAGCUAUUUUUACAACAUUAUCUCUCUCGGUCUGUUACACAUGGACGUUCUCACAAAUGUUUGUCUGGUCAGAGUGGCAAAGUUUCCGCCCAGAGCUAAAUCAAUAGUAUUUCCACUGACCUCACACCUCGCGCUCUGCACUCUCUCUCUCGCUGGUCAGCUGUCGGCUGUGAUUGACAGAGGCUGCAACUAGAGCAUGGGCUGUUUUUAAAAUAUUCCCAUUAAAAAAUUGGCUUUUGGAUUCGAGUUAACGUUCUUAAAUUCUGGAUGGACGCACACGUUUGUGAGAUUUUAUGCAAAUACUUUUGCAGAUGCACUUCAGUAAUGGCAACAAAAUCCACCUGCCAGCUCCUCAAAACAAACACUGAAGUGUAUCAAUGACAUUAUGUGUGGUCAUGUGGCCGCUCAUGAGGUCAUUAACAUUGGUGCCUCACUUCACGGUCUGUGGUUCAAGUCCUGGAUUGACUGGGGCCUUUGUGUGUGUGUGGUAAGAUUACUGGAGACACUAAGUAUCCCAUAUGUGUGAAUAGGGCUGGGUAUUGAUUCAAUAUCUGCAAUUAGGUGUCGAUAUGGAUACCAGGACUUUGUGAGAUCACAGACGCUGAUAAGUUUGACUUAGGUACUGAAAUUAGAUACGAAUGACAACGCAGUUUUAAUAUUAGGUGCUAAACGGCAUGGUUGAUACCACAAAAGUAUUGAAGCUCGACUCCCAGCCCAAAGUUUGGUCCAUACAACAAAAAGUAUUGGUUUGUUACCCGGCCCUAGGUGAGAACAUGAAUGGUUGGAAGAGCACGGUUGUGAGUCAUCAAGUGAAUAACAGCAGAGUUGCAGGUCUUGCUGUCACUGUCGCUCUGUCCUAACUUCCCUGAACUAAACAGAGCCAUAAUUAAUCUUAUUACUAACACCUGUGCUUUUCCUGUGGUGAUGAAGCAGCCAUUUGGAUUAUAUGAGCGAUAGCUUUUUAAAAUCGGUGAGCUUCAGAGAUGCUGGUUGGCAGAUUUUGUGACCAUUACUUGAGCCGCAGCUGUUUCCCUGGUCUCUGGUGGUGGCAACGUCAUAGAGUAUCCUCUCUCUCUCUCUCUCUUUCUUGAACACAAAGGGAAUUUGCAAACUUCCUCAAAUGUCUAACUAUUCUUUUUUUAAAGUGUCUGAUGGGUAUGGAUUCAUAAUCCCGAGUCUUCCUAAUCUGUAGAAAAUUUUAACAGCUAUGGAAAGUGAUAGUGGGCCAAGUGAAUGGCUGAAAGUUUGGAAGUUGUUUCUGGAUCCAACCACAAUUCUUAUCCUACUAAACCACUUUCAAGUGAAAUAUGCAGCUUGCAACCACUCACUCCCUUCUCUCAGUCUAUGCUAUUCUCCUCAGCCAGUUAAGAGACAAUCUUGCUUUAACCGGACAGUGUUGACCUCAGCAGAGUUCUUAGAUAAACAUCAUUAUCUGUGCCUCUGACACUCACCAGCUCCCUGUGACGUCAGCUGUGUGAUAUCUGGUGUUGUAGUAGAGCUACGCUUGUGUCGUGCUGCCUUUGUUACAACAUGGUCAGUAAUGAAGUUUUUUUUCCCACCUACAUCCUGUAGUACUGUAUUCAAGUGUUUUGUUGUGUGUGCUUGUGAGGGAAAACAUAUGCACUUCAUCUGCACCCUGAAUGUUACAUCCCUUGUGUAUCUCUAGGCCACAGCCUGGGGUUUUUAAUCACUUCCUAUCUGUAGUUUAAGCAGCGGCUUUGCCAUGCACUGUUUAAAACACCACCUCAUUUACUGUAACUGCUGCAAGGAGCACAAAAUUAAUGUUGAGCCCUUCCUUUCCUGUUGUGAACACCUCCUAUACCUCACUCCAGCAUGUGUGCUCUUUAACUUCUGGCAAUAUGGAAACACAAUCCUUUACUCCCAUGAUACACUUCCCUGUAAGCUUCCAACAAGGUUUACAUACAAGUUCAUAUGUGAUAUAUUUAUCUUGAUUGCUAAAUCCUGCAGCACACUGGUGCAAGUGUCCCAUAGCUGUUAAACAUGCAUCCUUGUCAAAGUGCUAAUAAAGAACUGGUGGUUCAAAAACA